AUGUUGGUAACAGAAACAAGGCGAAGCGAUGGUGAAAAUCCUACCUACGAGACGGGGAAGUGUCCUGGUGAAAGUUGCAACAGUGAUGAUGGAGAAGGAACAAAAGUGCUCAGGAAAGAGUGGGUAUGGAUUGAAGGAUUAAUCAAGGCUUGGAACUUUGAUGAAAAAAUCAUGAAUAAGGCUACGGAUAACUUGGGAGUGAAGAAAAUGUUGUAA